AUGAAUAGGUUAAUAUUAAAUAAAGCCACUUCAUCAAAUGAUGAGCCAACGCCGGGGUACUUGUACAACGAGAUAUCUCAAAUGACAUUUUGUUCUAAAGAAUCACUAAAUAUGGUUGGGGAAUAUUUAUUAAAAAAAUUGCAAAGAACUGAUUUAAAUGUCAAAUUAAAAACUUUAAAAAUCUUAAAACAUUUAUGUGAUAAAAAAAGAUCUGAUUUUCGAAACUUUUUAAAAAAAAAAAUAGAUAUUAUAAAAGAAUGUCAAAAUUGUAAUAUUGUUCAUGAUCAAUUAAAAGGGGAUACACCAUCGAUGUUAGUUCGAAAAGAAGCUACUGAUUUGAUAAAAAUUAUUUAUUCUUAUGAGACAGUUGAAAAUAAUAUUAAAACAAUUCCAAACAGUAAUCAAGACAAUAUAGUCAAAAAUAAUAGAAUAGAAGGAUUUGGUAAUAAUGUGGUUCAAAAAGAUUUAAGUAAUUAUCCAAGGGAAAAUAAUGCAAACUAUAUUUAUAAUAAUAACAUCAGUGGAAAUAAUAAUUUUUAUGACCUUCCAAAUAUGAAGCAACAAUUCAAUGGAAAAAAUAUGGGCUAUCAAAGCAAUAGUACAUUUAAUAAUCCAAACAAUUAUAUGAAUAAAAUGCCUGGAUUUGGAAAUCCAUAUUUUAAUCAAAACCCUGCACAAAAAACAAAAAGUGAAAUUGCUAUUAAAUAUUUGAAUGAAGUAGCAAAUAAAUAUAUACCAUCGUCUUUUGUAAAUAAAAUUAAUAAAGUUAGUACAACUAUUUCAAAAAAUUAUUCAAAUGGAUCUUUAAAUAUUCAAAAUAUAAUAGGUGGAAAUUCUUUUAAUAAAAAUUUUGAAAAGGGAAAUAUGAAAUAUUUUGAUGGUAGAAAUUCAGGAUGGGUAUCUAAUAAUAACAAUUUUAAUAAUAAUACAAAAUAUUAUAAAAAUAAUAAUGGAAAGGAAAAAAUGAAAAACCCACAAGAAUCGCAAGAAUCUGGUCUAUAUGAAAAUAAAAUAAUUGAUGAUGUAUUAAAUACUACUGGUAUUAAUAAAGUCCCUUGUGAAAAUGUUGUAAACGAAUUUGUUCAAAAAUGUGAUACAUUAGAUACUAAAGUAAUUAUUAGUAUCAUUACAUCUAAAUUAAAAACCAAUUUUAUGGAUGAAGAAUCAAAUUGGAAAUAUAAAAUCAAAGUAUUACAUGUUAUUAAGCAUUUAUUAAUUCAUAGAAAAAAUAAAAAAAGCAAUGAACAAAUAAUAGAAACCUUCGAAAUUCUAUUACAUAAUUUAAAAAGACAAACCAUGGAAGAAUUAUAUAAAUGUAAAGAAAUUAAGCAAUUAAAAAAACUUGCCAUAGAAAUAUUUGUAUUGAUGGGUUUAAAAGAAAAGCAACAAAAUGAAGAGACACUAAAAACGGUGCAAAGAAAUUAUCAAAAUGUUAAUGCACCAAAUUUUGAAAUACCAAAUUUAUUAGAUUUUGAUGAUGAUCCUAUUAAUAUCACACCUACAAAUAAUAACCAUGUUCCUACAGAUAUGUUUAAAGAGUCUAAUGCGAAUAAAAAUUUUCGAGAUAUAGAUAUCGAUCUCAUAAAUUUUGAAAAUAAUUCCAAUAAUAAUACAAAAAAAAAUGAUGAAUCUUUUAAUACCGUGGUAAGAAAUAUAGAUAAUAUGCCGUUAUCAAAUUCGAUGCCAAAACACACAGAACUGUUUAAUAGCCUAAAUGUUAAAUGUGCAUCCAAUUAUUACAAUAAUGCUGGUACUAGUUUUAGUGACAAUAAUAUUAAUAUAACAAAUGAAAAAUGUAGAGGACGAAAUAAUUCGAUAAAUUCAUAUGGAAAAGUAAAUGAUAAUGCUUUUCUCAAUGAUUUAAUUUUGUUAAACCCUGAAAAUACUCAAAAGAAUACUAGUAAAUAUAAUGAUAAUAUUAUAAAAUCUCAAAAUAAAAAAUCUAAUUUAAAUAAUGGUGAUGAUUUUUUUAAUUUAGGAUCUACUGAUAACACAAAAAAUCAUAAAGACAGUAUUAGUUCUUCAAAAAAUACAUAUUUUGAAGAUAUGGAAAAACUACAAUUUUCAAAAGGAUCAAAUAAUAUAGAUAAUAAAAACAAAUAUUAUGAACAAAAUAAAAUAAAUAAUAAACUAAAUAUCGAAACAUUAGAAAGCGAAAAUACUCAAUUUUAUGAUAGAAAUAAUUUUAAUAAUACAAAAGAAAAAAAUUCUAAUGAUGCAUGCUUAAUAGAUAUAAAUGAUCAUCUUACCGAUAUUAGUAUUAAGAAAAAUAAUAACGUUAACAGUUUUUAUAUUGAUCAUAAAGGAUCCGCAAAUUAUCACACGCAGAAUAAUAAUAAUCAAACAGAUGUAAUUAAAAAAAAAUAUAGUUCUGAUUUUAUAAAUAAUUCUAUAAAUACAAAUGAUGAUAAAAUUAAUCAUUUUUUUAACACAUUUACAAUUUCUCCUAAGAAACCUGAAAAACCGAAUGAAAAGCCGAAUGUCAAAAUUGACGCAUUUGAAUUAAUGGCAGAUGAAAUGAAGUUAUAA